AUGAGCUUCAAGGGCUUCCAAAAGAGCCUGACCCGGGCACCGCAACAGUUCAAGCAAAAAUUCAACAUCGGCGAGCAGACCAAGGACGCCGUCUACAUCGACGCCGAGCGCCGCUUCCAAGAGCUCGAGACGGAGACCAAGAAGCUCCACGAUGAGUCCAAAAAGUACUUCGAGGCCAUCAACGGCAUGCUCAGCCACCAGAUCGAGUUUAGCCAGGCCAUGACGGAGAUCUACAAGCCCAUCUCGGGCCGCAUGUCGGACCCGGACUCGAUGGUCAUCGAGGGCAACCCCGAGGGCAUCAACGCCUGCGAGGAAUACGAGGCCGUCGUCAAGGAGCUGCAGGAGACGCUCGCGCCCGAGCUGGAUAUGAUCGAGUCUCGGGUCAUCCGCCCAGCCAACGAGCUCCUCGACGUCAUCAAGGUCAUCCGCAAGACGGCCCUCAAGCGCGAGCACAAAAAGCUCGACUACGACCGCCACCGCGCCACCCUCAAGAAGCUGCAGGACAAGAAGGAGCGCACCGCCAAGGACGAAAAGGCCAUGUGGAAGGCCGAGGGCGACGUCGAGCAGGCCACGCAGGACUUUGAGUACUUCAACGACCUGCUCAAGGACGAGCUGCCCAAGCUCUUCACCCUCGAGCGCGAGUUCAUCCAGCCGCUCUUCCAGUCCUUCUACUACAUGCAGCUCAACAUCUUCUACACCCUGCAUGAGCGCAUGCAGCGCUGCGACAUCGGCUACUUCGACUUGACGCGCGAGAUCGAGGAGGCCUUCGAGGAGAAGCGCGGCGACAUCCAGGAGCAGGCCGAGGCGCUGUCCAUCUGCCGCUUUAAGACAACUGGUCGGCCACGGCCCCCGAAAUACGCCCCCCGUCCCGCCCUCGAGGGCGGCAAGCAGCCCGGCUUGCUCACGGCCGGACCCAACGCGACCGCCAACUCCAAGGCGAGCGCGUACGCGCGGCGGUCCACGGACGGCACCGAGCAGAACCCGCCUCCCCCGUACUCGGCCGGGGCCAAGCCCUCCAGUCCGGGGCUGUCAGCAAUCGCCGCCGCCAAGGCGAAGCCCCCGCCGCCCAAGCCCAAGCCCAAGGCCCUCAUGGCCGCCCCGGCCGCAGAGACGGUCACCGCCCUGUACGACUACUCGGCGCAAGCAGAGGGCGACCUGAGCUUCCGCGCAGGCGACGUCAUCGAGAUCAUAUCAAGAACGCAAAACGAGAAUGAAUGGUGGACCGGACGGUUGCAAGGCAAGGAAGGCCAAUUCCCAGGAAACUAUGUCCAGUUAAGUUAA